AUGAGGCUCCCACAGCUUUGUCGCGCAAAGCAGCGAUUAUGGCUGGCGCGACGACACGUCCAAUCGGCGCCAAUCUCCGGGUGGUCAAGUUCGCUGCAUCUGACCCGGCGAUCAGCAGCCCUACGGCGCCCAGGCCAUGAGACCCGGCAGGCCACUUUGGAUAGGAGUGGCCGACAGUUCCCUCGGGCCUUUUUCACAUCCCGGAAGCAGCAGCAGGAGCAGCAAGAGCAGCAGAAAAAUUCCGGUAAAGGUAUAUUGCCUAGAGCCGUGUCAGCGGUCCUAGUUCUUGGUGGCUUACUCGUGUACACCGUUUAUCCAGGCCAAGAAUUGCAAAGUGCCCGCCUUGGGCGCGAAACCAACAGCCGCCUAGAUGAUAUCACAGACCAAGAUGCCCAAGCUCAGGAACCCACUGCUUGGUCCUCAUUUGCAAACAAAUUCAAGGAUCUGUCCACCGUGACCAGUAUCGAGUGGUCUUCGCUGUCGGAUCGCAUGGUGGAAAUGAUCUUGCCCGAGUGGUCCAAGGCAUUCCCGGCCUAUUUUGCAAAGUUGCAGCGCGAGCUCUCCAUGGCGCCCGGCUCCUUGGCCGAUGAGAUAUGGAACGAGGCACACGACCCCUUUGCACACCCUGAGAUCCGGUACAAAGCCAAGGUGCGCGUCUCGGAUGAGCUAUGCGACGAGGAGAAGGAGUUUCUUGCUCGGCGGAAGAAGGUUGCCACAAUGGCUUUGGCGCGCUACCUUGGUCUGAAUGAGGCAGACGUCCAUCCAGAUGACGUGCCGACCAUCGCCAUGUGCGGAUCUGGAGGUGGUUUGCGGGCGCUGGUGGCUGGUACUGGGUCACUUCUCGCCACACAAGAAGAUGGCCUCUUUGAUUGCGUCACCUAUACAUCGGGCGUGAGCGGGUCUUGCUGGCUACAAACGCUUUACCAUUCAUCCUUUACUGAACGACGACUCGAGAAUGUCAUAGAACACUUGAAGGCCCGACUCGGAAUUCAUAUUGCAUAUCCACCUGCGGCGUUCUCGUCUGUGCUUUCGGCCCCCACGAACAAACUGCUUCUCAGUAGCAUGGUGGAAAAGUUAAAAGGCGAUCCCAACGCGGAUUUCGGUCUUGUCGAUGUGUACGGUAUCUUGUUGGCAGCUAGGCUGCUUGUGCCCAAGGGCGAGUUGGGCGUCAACGAGCGUGACUUCAAGCUCUCCAACCAACGAGACUACAUCAAGUAUGGGCAGAAUCCGCUUCCGAUUUACACUGCCGUUCGUCACGAGAUCCCAGACAUUGCCGGUAUCGCUUCCGAAACGAACGGCUCUCCGUCAGAAGAAGCCAAGGAGAUCGCGAAGCAAGAGUCUUGGUUUCAAUGGUAUGAGAUGACACCGUAUGAGUUCUUUUGCGAAGAGUUUAGCGCGGGCAUCCCAACAUGGGCCAUGGGGCGCAACUUCAAGAACGGUGUUGAUGUUCCUCCGGAGAGCGGCUUCCACCUGCCUGAGCUUCGCAUGCCUAUUCUCAUGGGCAUUUACGGCUCAGCUUUUUGUGCAACAUUGAGCCAUUACUACCGUGAGAUCCGACCACUGGUGAGAAGCCUAACGGGGUUUAGUACAAUUGAUGAGAUGGUACAUGGUCAUAAUGAUGAUCUGUCCAAGGUCCACCCAAUCGACCCAGCCCAGAUUCCCAACUUUGUGUACGGAAUGGACGAUCAGCUCCGAUACACUACGCCGACAGCAAUCACCAAGACGCCGUAUAUCCAGUUGAUGGACGCCGGAAUGUCCAAUAAUCUUCCCAUAUAUCCUUUGCUACGCCCCGGCCGUGAUGUCGACAUCAUCAUCGCCUUUGACGCCUCUGCAGAUAUCAAAACGGACAACUGGUUGUCAGUGACCGAUGGUUAUGCUCGCCAGCGCGGUGUUAAGGGCUGGCCGGUUGGUGUAGGUUGGCCAAAGGCUGGUGAAGCACCAGCAAAGACCGAGCAUGAACUCGAGGAGGCACAAGCUUCUUCGACGGCCGAAGCAGAGUCAAAAUUGCGCGAAGCUCAAGAGGCCAAUGGCGGCGGUCGACCGACGGAUCCGGCAGAUCAGAAAGACAAAGCUCAACACGACCAAUCGCACCCUGAAGACUCGGAUCUUGGAUACUGCACUAUCUGGGUUGGAUCAACUCAGGAGCGGUCCUCGGAGCCACCGCCACCAAGCAAGGCUAUUGAUGAUUCUAGCAGCUGGCAGCUUCUGGAACAGGAUGCCGGCAUCGCUGUCGUUUAUUUACCUUUCAUGGCGAACCCCAAAGUGGAUGGAGUGGACCCGGCAAAGAGCGAUUACAUGAGCACUUGGAACUUUGUAUACACACCUGAACAGAUCGACAAGGUUGUUGAACUAGCUCGCGCCAAUUACGACGAAGGCAAGGAACAAAUACGCGGUUGUGUUAGAGCCGUCUACGAGCGUAGGAAAAAGAUGAGAGAGGAAAGAGAAGCUGGAAUUAAGAACGCGAGGAAGAGAAAGCUGAGAAGAUUAGGCAUCGAGGGGAAGCUGGGCGAGGGCGAUCACUUUAGCUGA